AUGGUCUGCGAAAUUAACCGACGUUUUUUUCUGAACGAGCCUCAACAAUAUCUGCUGCUCAACGCAUGGGUGAUUGAGCGCUGGACAGAUCACAUGUUGGACUGGGAUCCAGCAAAUUUCGACAACGUUUCCGAGAUCAUGAUCCCUCACUACAAGUUGUGGCUACCCGACACAACACUUUACAACUCCCUAACGAUGAAUCAUGCUGAAACCAAGCGACUAAUGAAUGCCCAAUUGACAACAACGAAUGGCAGUGGAGCCAAUGUGAAGCUGCUCUAUCCGACCAUGUACAAAUUCAGCUGUAAUCUUGAUCUCAGAGCUUUUCCUUUCGACGUUCAACAAUGCAAGAUGAUUCUCGGGAGUUAUCGAGAAGAGAUCAAGUACGCGUGUUGCCCGAACAAUUACACCCUUCUGCACUACAUCAUUCAUUUGAGAAGGAAACCGCUUUAUUAUGUGAUCAAUUUGAUCAUCCCAACUGGAAUCAUCACCUUGAUAUCAAUUGUCGGAUUCUUUACAUCUUCCUCGAUAAACGACAUUCGAGAGGAGAAGAUCACUUUGGGGAUCACGACAUUACUUUCGAUGUCGAUUCUGAUAUUGAUGGUGUCGGAUAAAAUGCCAUCUACUUCAUCGUUUAUUCCAUUGAUUGGCUGGUUCUACACCUUCAUGAUCAUGUUGAUCUCUUGCGCCACCCUUGCCUCAUCAUUUGUUAUCUACAUUCAGAAACAGGGUUUAAUCGGGAAUCCGCCCGAAAAAAGCACAAUGAAAUGGGCGAGACGAGUGGGGAAAAUUUUCCGUGUCGAGAUGCCCUUGAUAAUGAAAGAAGCGUAUGCAGCGAAAGCAAGGGACCCAUUGCGACGACCGCCAACUCUUAAAAUCUCAAGAGAUGAAUCAGAUCAUCUCGUCAUUCCACCGCUUUCUCUAGACUCAUCGUCACCAACCCUAUUGGAUCUCCAAAAUCUGUCCUUGUUUCCGACGCAGAGACUUGUAUCUCCGCGCUCAGCGGAUCGUCGAAAUCUCGCGCAACUCGAGUUCGACUGGCUGGCAGCUGUGGUCGAGCGUCUUCUCCUUCUCCUUUUCCUGCUUCUUUUCGCUUUAAUGAGUGUCGGUAUCAAUCUAAUUGGUUGGUAUUAUUGGUACAUUGCCGGUUUUCAAUACGAUUUUUAUCUCGUUGAUACAACGAUUUCA